UACAUUUUCCUUCCACCCUUUUUCUGUCUGCUCAUUCAGACAAUGGACUUAUAAUACCAUGCACAAGGAUUUUCAGGAAAAGGAUCUGCUUAACAAAGAUCUUAAUUUUUUGUUUUGGGGGGGGGGAAACCUUGAAGUUUGGCAUCUUUUGGUACAUCCUUGGGCGCUUAACUAAAGAGUAAGCAAACAAAAAUCCCAUAAUGCAAAUUCCAAGGUUAUGGAUUGGGAUCAUUUGUGUGAGUUUUAUGAUUUAUUCGGGGGAAAGUCAAGGCACAUUGCAAGACCUGAAUGCGAUCCUAGAAAUCAACUAUGAUACACCUGAAAUAGAAAUGGCUACCAGCCAUUCAUCAGCGAUUGAUUCAGAGGAGAUGUUUUUGGAUCCACAUGUCACCGACUCAGAUGCAGACAUGCAGCCCCAGCUGGAAUUGGAAAAAAAGAUGGAUCAGCGGGAAGUUGAGAUUGGCAGAGAGAGGAGGAGUGCCUGGGGCAGGAGAAGACACGCUGCUACAGUAGAGGCCAUUGCGUAUAGAAUUGCCGGAUUAAGGCAACCCCUGAAAGGAUGGAGACAGAGUGUAAAGGACGAGAUGGAGACCGGCCUUCUCAUGGCUACACUGAAGGAACUUCAUGCAGAAAAGAAACGACUGAUGGAUAAUGGAAAAACACAGGAGGAAGAGGAGGAGGAGGAAGAAGAGGAGGAGGAGAGUGAUGAGGAGGAUGACGAUGAUGAAGAUGAUGAGGAGGAAGAAGAGGAGGAGGAGGAAGAAGAAGAAGAAGAGGGGGAGGAGGAGGAGGAGGAAGAAGCAGAAGAGGAGGAAGGACAAGAAGAGGAGGCCACAGAGCCUCCCACUAAUCAAACAGAAACACAGUACAACGUUACUGAGCCUCCUGCUGAAUGCCAGACUGCAGACAGAGAAAUCAGCUGCAGGGGUGUCGGCCUGACUCAUCUGCCAUUUUUCCAGAACCUGGAAGCGACAAAGCUGGACAUGGGAGAAAACAACAUCAGCAUCAUCGCUCCGCAAAGUUUGCUUGGCCUGCCGAACCUGGAAACACUGGAUCUGAGCCAGAACCAACUGGAUGAUGAGUCAUUUCGCCAAAAUUCCAUGUUUAACUUGACCUUUCUGAGAAAAUUGAAUCUGGAUAACAACGAGAUUACCAGGAUUCCAGCCCUGCCACCGUCUCUAGAGGAGCUCAAGAUUAACAAUAACAAAGUGACUGUCCUCACGGAUCACUGCUUCGAAGGUGUGAAAAACCUGCUGAAGCUGGAGCUGAGGAUGAACACCAUUUAUGAAGCCAGUGUGUCACCCACAGCUUUCCGACCUCUGCAGAAGCUUCUGGACCUGCAGCUGGAUAAAAACCGCUUCCGUUUCCUCCCUGUAAGCCUUCCUUCGUCUCUCCAGGUGCUCAGAAUGAAAGAAAACCUGAUUGAAGAGGUCACAGUUGAACCGCUGAGAGAUUGCAUUCAUCUGAAAGUGCUGGACUUGAGUCACAACUAUAUCCAUGACCAAAGCAUCACUAAUAGCAUCUGGACCCAUCUUAAAUCUCUGGAAGACUUGGACCUGUCCCACAACCGCCUCACCUCCAUCCCCAUGAAUCUGCCUCGCUUUCUCCGUAAACUGAUCCUGCAGCACAACAAGAUACGUCACAUCCCUGCCUUCACUUUCCGUCACAUGCGGGCCAGUCUGCAGUCCCUUCAUCUGUCCCACAAUGAACUGAGCACCGAGAGUGUUGAACGACAUUCCUUUGUUGGAACCUACCGCUCCCUAAAGGAGUUCCUACUGGACAACAACAGACUGCGAGAUAUACCCAGAUGUGUGAGACAGUUUAAGAACCUGCAGGUGCUGAGACUGGAAAACAAUCAGAUCAGGCAGGUGAGGCAGUGGGCAGUGUGCCAUCCUCGUAAUUCUGGCUCCACCUUGGCUUCUGUCCACCUGGAAUAUAAUCUCCUGGAAGAGGAGUCGAUUCCCCCUAAGGCUUUUUUCUGUGUCACUGACACACAGGGACUGGUCCUCUUUCCACAGCAGGACAAACGUACAUGAACUGAUACACAUGCUGUGCUGGGCAUAAGCAUGACACCAAUACAGUUCUCUCCAGUUUCUGUCAUUUUGUCAUUUCUAUAGUCACCGUGGUAUCAGAAAGGGUGUAGAAAAUUACAUUUACAAUGUAAUUGGCUUAGUCAGUAAAUUCUGAGUAGGAAAUUCUAAUAUUUUGGCAUGCAGCAUGCAAUAAAGAAAAUUUGAAACUCA